UAAAAUAGAUUACAGAUUUUUGGAAGAAACAUCUAGAAUUAUUGAUAAUGCAUCAAGGGAUAAAAUAAAACAUAAUUCAAAUAAAGGAAUUCUUUCAAUGAAACUUCAAAAUUUAAGAAAACAAGCUCGAAAGCGGGGAACUACACUCAGAAUCCAGCCUCCUCUUUUCACUAGAAGGAUAUCAAACAGUUCUUAUUAUUCUGUUCAGGAAAAUUUAAUUUUUUGGAAAGUUAAUUGGGUGUUUUCUGAUGCCAAUGUCAUAUAUAAUGAUACAAUUCCAGAAACUACAGUUAUAAAUACUGCCUUGGAAAAAUAUUUAAAUCCUGAAUAUCCUUCAGGUGAUUUUUCAGACGAAAUAAAACGUCAGUUAAUAAUGUAUCAAGCAGUGGGGCAUAAUGGAAUAAAAGCAUUGUAUUAUAAGGAAAAUGAAAAAAGGUAUUAUGAACUUGAUAAAUCUCAAACUCUUGAAGUGAACUUAAGAGGAAAGAGUAUUGUAGAAUUUCCUACAAUUCAUAUCAUAUUAGCCUCUAGUUCUUGUGCAUAUAAUAUUGUAGAAAUUGAUUAAAUGAAGAAAUAGGCAAGUUUUUCAUAUGAAAACAACACAAUUAGCCAUAUUUACUUAAAAUAUACUUAGUAUUACAAUGUAAAUUGUAUGCUUUGUUACUUCCUUUUAUCCUUCUUCAAACAUCAAUAAAUUGUCUGAAUAAGUUUUAAUUUAAUAUUACCAUGAAAUUUCACAUGGAACUGUUCUAAAAGUUCUUUAGUAGAUUUAAUUAUUAAAAUUAUUUUCUAGUUAUUUUGCUCUACUCUUAUUAAAGUUGUAAAUUUUGAAGAUUGUGUAUUUUUUGUGUUAAGAAAGUACUCAAAAAAUGUUACUAUAAAACUAGAAAUUAAUUAUCUGUUUAAAAUUUUUUAUUGCUUAUAAAACAAUAUGCUAAUAUAAAUUAACGUUACUUUUGCUAUUGUUAUUUCAUUAUCAUUACAUUUUCUACAACUGUGUAUAUAUUUGUAGAUAAUAAAAAUGUUAUAAAUUUAUAUUUAUAAAAAUAAAUAAAUAUUUCCAGCUACCUGUAACUAUUUUAAUUGAUAAGUUGAAAACAUAAAAAUUAUUGUAUGCUUAAUAAGAUAAGAAUCCCACUUACAUGAUGAAACAUCAGAGUUCAACCCCAACAUGACAGAUCAGGGGUUCCCAAAGUGGGUGAUACCCCUUAGGGGUGGUGAGUAAAUCUGGUGGUGAAAAGAAGCAAGAGGUACUGGAGUCAGGGUGACUGAAUGGUGACCACAGGUGAGGGUUGGGGGUUACUGACUUUUCCCUUUCCUCUAUUAAAAUGGAUAAGAAAAAACAUUGUGUUUAAUGGUUUCCAGAUAUGGAGAAAACUGUACGGUAAGGACACUGUGUGAGGUUCAUAAAGUUUUUCUAGGAAUAUUUCCAAGCGUUUCUCAACAAGGGAACAGGUUAGUGGUACAAGUGUUGGGUGCAAGUUUAUGGAACCAAGGAGUGAUGGUUCAAAAAAGUUGGGAAUCACUAAGUUAAAUAGUCAUAUGGUAAAAGGCAAACUUUUUGCUAUGGGGACAUUAAAUCUGAUCCUGACUAAUUUAGCUAAUCAUUGAUGAUGAUAGUUGAAGCAUUACUAGCACAAUGUUGAUCAGAUUCUGUACUUCCAGUAUUAGUGAGCAGUACUUGUGUUAAUAUACAAGUGCUAUUCACUAUU